AUGCACUCAUUUUCCCUCCGCAUCCUAAGGAUUCAAGCCAGUCGAUUUGGAUCACAGAAAUCAAAAGUGGAGAAGAUAAUUGGCGAAUUCUUACAAGCAGCCAGAGAACGAGGCCUCCACACCCGGUCACCGUCAUACUCCAGACCAGAUGUUGAUGCAGACUCACCUUCUCGUUCAGCACCAUCAAAUGAGGAACUGGAUACUGAGUUCGACCCAAGCAAAUUUCAUCAGAACACAAAAUUAUUUGGUGAGCAAAUCAGCCAACCGCCAAUAUCACCAGAUCUGGUUCGAUACUGGGAAGACAGCAUGGAGAAUGAUCAGCUACCAACUGAGGAUCCACCCACAUCUCCCGAUCUAUUCGCGCCAAAUCCUUACGUCCCACACCAUCUGAUACAUCCUGAAAAGAAAUGGGAAAUCGAAUCACACCUACCACGAAGACCACUCAACAACACUUGGUGGUCUUCCCAACCAGCAUGUGAACGGCGACGGAAUCUCUCAGUGCCAACUAUGACCCAACAGCCACCUGUAAGCCAUACAAAGUGGAAGAACACCGGUGGUGAUGUGGUGCAUUCUAUGGGAUCACUAACCUCGGUGAAUUAUGUCCACCCAGCUUCACAAUAUCUGGAAUCACCAGGUUACAAUUCUCUGCAGCCUGGCGUUUUACACCGUGACUGGGAUUUCCAUCGCCCAGCCGCAUCACACGAAUGGGCACCGAAUGAUUUACAGUGGUACGGAGAAGCAUACAGAAGACCACCAGACCAGCGCCAAGAAAACAGCAACCAGGCCAGGCCUCAUACAUGGAAUGAGCAACCUUGCCCUCGGUAUCGUGAAGACCAUUAUUCCAGAGGAGAACCUAUCCUACCUCAAUACAGUCGAGCCUCACCACGUGGGAGUUGGUUGGAGCAGAGGUAUUCAUCGGACCGGGACAACGAUUUUAGAUCUGAUCGAUCGAGGAUUUCGUACUCCCCCGGCAAACCCAAAAUACUUCCGUACGAAAUGUUUCAGAAACAUUGUCGUUGUUGCCGCUUCAAUAAGGACAGGUAUUACGAUCCUUCGUGUCCACGAGAUGAGUUCAGAGAAGGAAACGGUUGGUGUCGAACUCAGCUAGAUGAUCUCACUACACGUUUUUAUGAACCAAUAAGAGAAAGAGGUGACAGAUAUUCAGUCUGUACGAAAAAUCCAGUUCCCACCAAAACAAGGGAGGAGAAACGGAAUUGCGAGAAUAGAUCCAUGAGAAUGCCUUCUGUGAUUCCUGAGAUCUCAAGGAGUCCCUUGAUGACAAGUGAAAACUCCGGAUUGGCUGACUGUUGCUCACCAAUUCGUUCGGAAAAUAACCCUCCAAACUCAGCACAGCAGCGAUCCAAGCUUUCCUCCGUUUACCCAAACGAAACGUUUAAAACGUUGGGCAGUUUGGAAUGUCCGUCCACAGAGACGACAAACUUUUCUACUCUUACAUAUGAGAGGCGACCUCGUUGUGAAUGUAAAUCGAAAACGCCUAUGCACACCGGCGAACUCAGCGAGGAAAACGAUGCUCACAAAGUGAAACUCUGUCGUCGACAAGAGCAUGAUGCGAGCGGAGAUGAGCCAGUCACUUCAAGUCAGGGAAUUGGUCAGCUUUACUCCGAACAUCUUCAGUUUUGGCACAUAUUGAUACACCGGUUACUUCCAAGUUCUACAUGCUACGCAACUCCAAUAGAACAGGCCCCGAAAGAGGGGCGCACAUCGCCACCGGAACCCCGUGGUCUCAGUAGAAAUCGGAAACCAUGCAGGGACACUGCAGCAGGGCUGAAGCGGACGUUUUCUUUCAAGGCACUGGCCACCUCUACGCCGUGCAUUAAGCGUGGGGAUCACGUUCACGUGACGAAUGAAGCGACUCCAUGCGCCAGGAACCUAUCUCCCACAACAACUGUUGUCCUUCGGGGGUCAACGGACAUGCGUGGUAACCCGACCGUAAUGUACCAAUCACCAAAAAAGAAUGAUUCCUUGACAGGGAAAGACCCACUGUCCUAUGAACCGGAGGAGAAGGUCCGUGGUUCGAACCCAACCUCUGCCUUUCGACUUCCCCUGUCUAAGCUUGGGCAACCUGACAGUAUCCCAGCCCUCGUGCUUCCUUCGGGUGGUAUAGCAGCUAAGCACCGGGAGGGUGCUACAGCCGAACGAUUGUUUCCUGUCGGCCUUGUUUGGCAUACCACUGUAUCUUUGAAUGCUUCUUCAUAUCAGCGUCAAAGUCCAAUAUUAUGCUGUAGUAUAUCAAUCAACCCAGUUCCGUAUGUCGCUUCUCGGUGCCAGCAGAUAACUUCAAUGAACAGCUGA